AUGAUCCCAAAGCAUGUUGAAUUUAUCCUAUCUGCAGAAGCAAAGCAUAUGAAAAUAGAAAAAUCAAAUAUCACAAUGACGGAAUUUAUUCUCCUGGGGUUUUCUGAUGUUCCCCGUCUCAAGUGGAUUCUGUUUGGGAUACUUUUCUUCAUAUACCUGACUAUUCUGAUGUGCAACAGCAUUAUAAUUCUAGUAACAAGAACUGACCCUGCUCUUCAGACACCGAUGUAUUUUUUCUUAAGCAACUUUUCUUUUGUGGAAAUCUGUUACGUUACAGUCACUAUGCCAAAAAUGCUCGUGGACCUUUGCUCCCAAAAAGGAAACAUCUCUUUACUGAACUGUGCAUUACAAAUGUGGUUUUUCCUUCUAUUUGCAUCUAGUGAGUGCCUCCUCCUGACAGUGAUGGCCUAUGACCGCUAUGUGGCCAUUUGUAAGCCUUUGCUCUAUGCUCUGAUGAUGAACCACAGGGUGUGUGUACAGCUGGUGGCUGUCUGCUGGGUUACCGUCAUUCCAAUUGUGACUGGACAAACGUACCAGAUUUUCUCAUUGCCCUUUUGUGGAUCUAACAAAAUUAAUCACUUCUUCUGUGACAUUCCACCUAUCCUCAGGCUUGCUUGUGGAGACACAUUUGUGAAUAAUUUAGCAAUCUUCCUUGCUUCUGCAGUGUUUACCAUGGUUCCAUUUCUGUUGAUCACUGUCUCUUAUGGAAAAAUCAUCUUCAGCAUUCUGAAGCUCUCAUCCACUGGAGGGAGGUCUAAAGCCUUCUCCACCUGCUCCUCUCAUCUGAUAGUCGUAGUCUUAUUCUAUGGAACAUGUGCUAUUACUUACAUACAACCCAAUACCAAUACAUCUGAUAGAAUUGGAAAAGUACUGUCUCUUUUCUACACUGUUUUGAUCCCACUAUGGAAUCCUAUUAUAUAUACUUUGAGGAACAAGGAGAUCUCAGCAGCACUGAGAAAACUGCCACAGAAGCUAUUACAGCUACAGAAUUUCCUCUAG